AUGCCCAGAAGAGGAGGCUGUUUUGGGGCAGCAGGCGUGGGGAGGCUGGCUGUACUGCUGGUUCUCAGUGCCCUGCUGGUGGGCUGUGCCCAGGGGUGCCCUGCCCUGUGCACCUGCAGUGGGACCACCGUGGACUGUCAUGGACUGGGCAUCAAGACCAUGCCACGGAAUAUACCUCGCAAACACGGAGAGACUCUGAGCGUAUGUGUGGUGGCGCACAUGACUUUACUGAGACUGAAGGAGAACAAUAGCCCUGCCUACUCCUACCUGCUCCUGUCGGACCUGAAGAACUGGCCCCAGGCCAACAUCACUCUGCAGGUGUCAACGGCAGAGGACAACGGCAUCCUGCUGUACAACGGCGACAACGACCACAUCGCCGUGGAGCUCCACCAAGGUCAUGUCAAGGUCAGCUACGACCCUGGGAGCCAGCCCGGCCACGCCAUCUACAGCACGGAGACCAUUAACGAUGGCCAGUUUCACACAGUGGAGCUGGUGACCUUCGACCAGACGGUGAACCUGUCCAUCGACGGCGGCCUCCCCACCACCAUGGACAGCUUCGGCGCCGUGCGGCCCCUCAACCGCGAGGCGCCGCUAUACGUGGGGGGCAUGCCGGUGGAUGUCCACUCAGCCGCCUUCCGCAUGUGGCAGAUCCAGAAUGGCUCCAGUUUCCACGGCUGCAUCCAGAACCUGUACAUCAACAACGAGCUGCAAGACUUCACCAAGACCCAGAUGAAGCCGGGCGUGGUGCCGGGCUGUGAGCCUUGCCGCAAGAUCUACUGCCUGCAUGGCAUCUGCCAACCAGACGGGGCGCAGGGACCCAUCUGCCACUGCCAGUCCGGCUGGAGCGGACCGCACUGCGACCAGCCUGCCAGCCAGCCUGCAAGCCCCUGCCAAGGCAGCAAGUGUGUCCACGGGAAGUGCAUCCCUCUGGACAGCCAGUCCUACAGGUGUGAGUGCGAGGACGGUUACCGCGGCGCCCUGUGCAACCAGCAGGGGGAGCUGUUCAACCCCUGCCGCCGCCUCUCCUGCAAACACGGACGCUGUCAGAUCUCCGAGUCGGGCGACGCGUACUGCCACUGCGAGAGUGGCUACGCCGGGGAGCUCUGCGACGCCGAGUCUGAGUGUCGGGGAGAGCCCGUGCGAGAUUUCUACCAGGUCCAGCGGGGCUACGCCAUCUGCCAGACCACCCGCAUGGUUUCCUGGGUGGAAUGCUCCGGCACCUGCGACACGGGCACCUGCUGCGCCAGCCAGCGAAUGAAGCGCCGGAAAUACACGUUUGAGUGCAGCGACGGCACCUCGUUCAGCGAGGAGGUGGAGAAGACCGUCAAGUGUGGCUGCGCAGGCUGCAUGUAGCGCGUCCCACGCAAACCUGCUGCUGCCACUGAAGCUGGAGAAGGAACGAGAGAAAGAGAGAGUGAACCGGAGGAAAGAAAGAUAAAGAGGAAGAGAGAGAGAGAAGAGAGUUUAAAAGAAAUAUAUAUAAAACCUCUAUAUAUUAUGGACAACAAUGUUUGUAAAAUAGGACCUUUCCUCCCUAUCACCAUAUGCGUCCAUGGGUGUGUGACGUACAGUAACACAGAGAUAAAAAAACAACGACAUCAGCAACAACAACACAGAGAGUUGACAACGACAGCAACCGCAGCAACGUUGUAUCUGCAACGUUGGAGCAACGUUGUAUCUGCAACGUUGCUCCAAAGGGGUCCAGAUCUUUCCCAGGGUUGCGUUCAGAAGGAGGACCCCCUCCCACCCUGCCCGCACGGUGUGUUCUGUCCCUGUGCUCCAUCUAACCACAUCUCCAUCUCACAUCUCCACUUCCUGUGGCCCGUCAGAAAGAUGGUGGCGUCCAGUCUGGUUUGACGGUGGAGAGAGGGAUGACGAGGAGAGAUGGGAGAUAGGAGGAGAGGAGGGUUGGGCCGGAUGGCUGGUUCAGGCUAGGUAGAUGAGUUGAGCUGGGAAGGAGCUAGGCUGGGCGAGGAUUGGUGGUUAUUUGCUGGGUAAAGCUGAGCUUGGCUGGGGUCCCUUUGGCCAAACUGAAGCAGGCCAGGUUAGGCAAAAGUGUGUUUUGCUGGGCUGAACCAGACUUAGCUAGACAGGACUGUAGCUGGGUUGCCAUUGGCUAAAUUGACCUGGGUUUUUUAUGGUUGUGGUGACUCUACGCUUUCUCAAUAAAUACUUACACAUACUUAUCUGCUACAUACACACACGUACACACACUUGUCUGAUGUAACCACGGGAUGGUCAUGAUUGGCACAUAUGAGAGUAGAGAGAGGUCAGGGGUCAGUGAUAAUGUGACCUGGUGUUGCGGUGCCCUACUGAGGACUGAUGACCUUAUACACACUGCAUCAACUAGCAACAUAGAUGAAUAGUCAUCCGCCCUUUAAAUGUACAUGGUCACCUUACACAGGAUGCCAACUCAAACACCUGGUAGUACCAUUUGGCAGUUGCUAGGAUAGGCGCUUUCUACGGUUGUCGGGGAAGCUUUGUGAGGUCACGCCCAUCAUUCCCAGUAACACCCCCAUCUGAAGCGGGCAGUGCCCAGUGGUAAACAAUCCCAGCAUGCAUUGCCUCAGGGUUAGGAUGAUUUGCAUAGCCCCUCCUCCUUGUAGAGAGGGGCAUUUAGGCCCCUCCCCCUCGAUGCCUGCAGUAUUAAAACUUGAGCAAACUAUUGCAUGUGUGGAGAAGAGUUUGCUGAUGAAUAUGUAGAGCUUUUUAUCAUUAUUAUCAUCAUGUUUAUUACAAAACAAAAAUGUGCAGAAUUGUGUUUAUUUUUUGUUUUGUUUUUGUCUAGUUUCAAAUGUUUUUGCAUUAUGAUUUUAUUUUUGUUAUUAUUUGGUUUGUAAUCUGUAACUCCUUUAGCCCUCUCUUUAUACAGAAAUGCCUAACAGAUUCUAAUAUAUAUAUUUGUAUUUCAUUUUGGUAUAGUAUUUUUAUAUGUUAAAGAGUAAUCUGUGUUUUCUGGAAGCGUUGGAACAGUCAAAAUGGCAUUUGAUCAGUUAUUUAGCUGUCUCUGUUACUUUACUGUAUUUCACUCAACCAAACUAGUUUGUAAUUGGCCAAAACAAGAUAUCAAAAUGUUGGCCUUUGUUGUAUAGGAGGCAGUAUUGAUCUAGAAAAUUGUUUAAUAUUGUAUAUGUUGUCUUCCAUGUGAAUAUUACAUCUAAUUCAUUUGAGUCUGUGUGCUUUUCCGUUUUUACGAUUUUAUUUAUUUUAUCUUAAGGCUUUUUCUGUAGUAAUUAAAAUACAUACUUGUCGCUGAUUUUAGUAAAUGAUACAAAAAGAAACAUUAAAAAAAAAAAACUAAAAUAAAAAAAAAAUAGUGAAAAAAAAAAGCUGUAAGGUAUUUGUGACAUCGCUUAACCAGUUCCGUCAGUGUUCAUUUCUGACCUGCUCAGACACAUUCCUAUUUGGGUGCAGGAGCCACAGAGCAUGGGGCUAAUAUUAAGAUGAGCGACUGCCCCCCCCCCCCCCCCCCCCCCACCCCCGUCAAGAACCACAUGGCUGAAAUAUAGAUAUACACACCACAUUUUGGGGGGUUCUGUUCAAGUGAUGCUAGUGCUAGUAAUUCUUCUGUAAUUCUCAACAAAAAAAAUAUAUAUAUAUAUAUAUUCUCUAUAUUUGGAGAAUUAUAUUGCUUUCAGGAAACCUCCACCAAAAAACAGUCAUGCUCAUUUGGAAACACACUAGAGGCAUAAAAGAUACGAGGAAGAUAAACUGCGAGACAAGCCUAUAGUUUUACAAAACAGAGGCCCACCAAUCAGAUGUGCCCAAAACAGCCAGUCAUGUGUUGCCACCUGCAACUUUGCGACUGGGUAAACACUACGUUCAAGAGCUGUACAGGUGCCAUAAACAGAGAAUUAAAGUAAAUAACCUGAAUGUAUAAAUGUGUAUAGAUAAAUAUGCUCUGCGCUUAUUCAUGAAGUGGUAACUUAUAUAGCUGUUAUUUAGUAUAAAGAUGCCACAAUCCUUGUUGCUUGUUUUCUACAGUGGGAGGCCUGUAUUUUAAGCUGUGGUAUGGUUCUUCCUGCAUGCUUGGGUAACUGCUCUAGGGUCAGUCCAGAGUCCCCCCCAUCCUUUCCCAGUAGGGUUUGAGAAGGAUGACGACUGACCUAAGAUCUGUCCCAAGGCGCAGUAAUGCCAAGCCUCUCCUACAGCAGUGAUCUCCCUUGUCUCUCUCUUUGUGUUCCAUACUACGUCAUGUGAUCCAGUGGUGUUCAAUACAUUCGGAGAGUUACGAGUUCUGUUCUGUGUUCUGAUACUGAUGACCUGUCAUCCAAUGGGUUCAUUAAGGCUCUUAUAUCCAUAUGGGCGUGUAUCAAUAGUGUCACAUGACUCCCUGUCCCAUGGGUCCUUCCCUCCAUCCUGCACUGAUGUGACCUGAAACAGGUGGCUUCCAUUUCCUGGUUGUGAUGUAGCCCGGAACUCCUGUGUCACAUGACCAGCCUCACUAACAUCCAAAAGGAACUGUGCGCAGAAUAAAAAAAAUGAUGCAAAAUGUCACUGAUGUAUUAAACUGGUGCAUUAAAAGGUUUGAGAACCACAGAGAAUCUCUGGGGUUUCCACAAUUGUGUUGUAUGUGGCAGGGUUAAAUUGCAGGAUAGAACCUGUCUCCCAGUGAAGCUGAAUGUAUGUAGUGCCACCGACAAAAUGUUUACCAAAACUCCACUUUUCAUUCAAUAAACUUUAAUGUGUGUGAUUUUA